AUGAUGACUAUGAAAUCAGCAUAUUGCAUGGUAGUGUGCUUUCUUCAACUUUGCAUUGUCAAUGGGCAGGUAAUAUGUGAGAGACAAAUGAUUACUGAAUGGAGAACAGAACCAAAACCUACUGUAAUAAAAUGGACACCAAGGGAAAAUGUCUGUUCAGACUUUUACGCUGAAUGCUGGAAUAUGAAUAAAAGUAUUCAUGGUGAAAUCUCUGAAGAAGGUAACCUCAGUAUCCCUCAGAUAUGCCCUUUACAGCUUCAAUUAGGUGACAGUCUCUUCAUCUACUCUGAGCCGUCCUUUCAGUCUUAUGGAAUGAAUCUGGUAAAUGUCUCCAAGGAAGAAUUUAUUAACUGCCCUAAAGCUGGUUUUCUCCAAGAGCAGUUGAUUUUUGUUUGCCAGGUAAGAGGACUGCACCAAGUGGACCCUAACUGGCUUGGGGCUGGAACUCACUACUUUGCAGAACUUCACAAGAGAGGUCCACCCUUGUGCAACAUGGGCCUUCGUCUGAACGUUACCGUGAAGCCGCAGCUUUGCCAACAGUCUCGGGGUGCACCGCUGUGCUCUGGGCAUGGAAAAUGUCUAAGCCACGUUUGGGAGAAAACAUUUAAUUGCCACUGUUUCUCACAGUAUUCGGGAACAUUCUGCCAGAAGUUUGAUAUAUGCUCCACUAAGCCUUGCCACAACAAUGCCUCCUGCACUGAGAAAUCAGAACUUUCGGGAGAUUCUUACGAAUGCACAUGUCCUCCAAAAUUUUCAGGUAAAAAUUGCACAGAAAUAGUUGGACAAUGCCAGCCAUCCACAUGUUUCAAUGGUAACUGCAUCAAUGUUACUCCAAACACUUUUUUUUGUGAGUGUGACAAGGGCUUUACAGGUCCAUUUUGUGAGGAACCUGGUGAUCCUUGUGCCUCUCAGCCAUGCCUGAAUGGAGGUAUAUGCCAGUAUAACCAGUCUGGAUAUAUUUGCAAUUGCCCUUCUGGUUUUCUUGGUCACAGCUGUGAAAUUGACAUCAAUGAAUGUUCUUCAAGCCCAUGCCAGAACAGAGGUACAUGUAUUGAUUUGCCAAAUGAUGUGGCAUGUAUCUGUAUGCCAAUAUUUACUGGCAAGUUCUGUGAGAGAAUACUGAAUCCAUGUGAGUUAUUGCCCUGCCUAAAUAAUGCGACUUGCAUAGCUCAACAGCAAAACUAUAACUGCCGCUGCAUGCCAGGAUUCACUGGGAAGAACUGUGAGGAAGUAAUUGACUACUGCAGGCUGCUCAGCGUCAACUGUCUGAAUGAAGGAUUGUGUCUUAAUGUGAUUGGAGGAUUCACUUGCCUCUGUGCACCUGGAUGGACAGGAGAAUUUUGCCAAUUUGCUGAAAAUGCAUGUUUAAUUUACCCAAAUAAUUGUUCUGAUGGAGCAACUUGCAUUGAUGUGAGUCAGCUGAGAGAACAACCUUUGUUUCAGUGUUUGUGUCCCCGUGAUUUUACAGGAGAAUUCUGUGAGGUGCAAAUCGACAGCUGUGGUUCCAAUUCGUGCGAAAAUGGAGGAACAUGUAUUGCCUAUGAAGAUCAUUUUAAAUGCACUUGCCCUAUAGGUUUUGAAGGUGAAAGAUGUGAACUCGAUAUUGAUGCCUGCUUAUUCAACAAUAGAAGCUGUGCCCCAGGAGCAGUGUGUAUGGAUAAAUCUCAUGGAUUUAAUUACACAUGUUUAUCACCAUGUAUUGGAAACACAGAGGUAUGUGCAAAUGGAGGUAGUUGCUUCUAUAAUGAAGAAAAUCAGAGCUCUCACUGUAUCUGUGCCCUUGGAUGGACUGGAAACACAUGCCUUGAAAAUAUUAAUGACUGUGAGAUAAACCAGUGCCAACAUGGAGCCACAUGUGAAGAUGGAAUUAAUAAAUACAGGUGCAUAUGUCCCCUUGGUUACACUGGCACAUUUUGUGAGCUUGAUAUAGACAACUGCGUUGGAAACCAGUGCUCUCAGUAUGGAUUCUGCCAGGACCACUUGCAUAAUUACAGCUGUUACUGUGUGCCUGGAUAUGAAGGACCCUUCUGUGAAGUUGAAGUUAAUGAAUGCUCAAGUUCACCUUGCAAAAAUGGAGCUACUUGUAUGGAUUUAAGUGGCCGCUUUUCUUGUCAUUGUACUGCUGGGUUCACAGGAGAAACAUGUUCUGUUCGCAUCAAUGAGUGUCAAGACAGACCCUGUUGGAAUGGAGGAACCUGUGAAGAGGACAUAAGUGGCUUCAAAUGCAAUUGCCCCUUUGGGUUUUCAGGCCAGUACUGUGAAACAGAAAUGAAUGAGUGUGAUUCAGCUCCCUGCUUGAAUGGUGCUGUUUGUCAGAAUGAUGUCAACAGCUAUGAUUGCUUUUGCCCUGAAGGAUUUGAAGGCCUGAACUGUGAAAUCAACUUUGAUGAGUGCACUUAUGGUUUCUGUAAAAGCAAUUCAACGUGUUUAGACCUGGUUGCAGACUACAGCUGUGCUUGCCCUCCAGGAUUCACUGACAAAAACUGUUCCACGGAUAUUGAUGAAUGUUCCUCCAAGCCCUGUAAAAAUGGAGGCCAUUGUCAUGAUUUGAUUGGUGAAUUUUACUGUAGCUGUUUGCCAGGUUUUACUGGUGAGUUGUGUGAAACUAAUGUUGCUGCCUGCCUAUCACAACCAUGUGGGGCCUCCAGCAUCUGUAAAGAUAUUGUGGGUGGCUAUCUCUGCUUCUGUGCACCUGGAUUUAUAGGUCAUAACUGUGAGAUUGAAGUGGAUGAGUGUCUUAGUGACCCUUGUCACAAUGGAGCUACUUGUGUUGAUCACCUGGAUGCCUUCAGUUGCAUCUGUCAGGAUGGAUUUGAAGGUACAACUUGUGACGCAAACAUAAAUGAAUGUCAGUCUUCUCCAUGUCUUCAUAAUGCAUCAUGUGCAGACCUUAUUGGUGGCUAUAAAUGUGUCUGUCUACCUGGUUUUACUGGUGCAAGAUGUGAAACAGAUAUAGAUGAGUGUGCUUCAUUUCCCUGCAAGAAUGGAGCCACCUGCAUUGACCAACCUGGUAAUUAUUUCUGCCAAUGUGUGGCUCCGUUUAAAGAAAUUUAUACAGGUUUGAACUGUGAGUUUAGGCCUUGUGAGGCCAGCAAUCCCUGUGAGAAUGGAGCUGUGUGCAUAGAAGAAAUGAAUUUGGACGUUUUUCCCCUUGGAUUCCACUGCCAGUGUGUGAAGGGCUUUGCAGGUCCACGCUGUGAGAUCAAUGUCAAUGAGUGCAGCUCUAACCCUUGCCUGCACGGAUACUGCUAUGACAUUGUCGAUGGCUUCUAUUGUUUGUGCAACCCAGGAUAUGCAGGAUUGAAAUGUGACCAAGACAUUGAUGACUGCAUAGUCAACGCUUGUGAACACAAUUCUACAUGUGUUGAUCUACAUCUGAGAUACCAGUGUGAUUGCUUGCCUGGAUGGGAGGGAAGAUUUUGUGAAAGGGAAUCAAAUGAAUGCGAUUCAGAGCCUUGUAGAAACAAUGGCACCUGCACGGACCUUUUCAACAGCUAUAGAUGCACAUGUACAGCAGGGUGGACAGGGCCAGACUGCAGUGAAGACAUAAAUGAAUGUGCAUCUGAACCGUGCUUGAAUGGAGCCACCUGUUUUGAAUCUGUGAAGCCGGGGCAGUUUGUAUGCAUUUGUCCUCCAUUUUACACUGGUGACUUCUGCCACCAGCGCUUCAGUCCCUGUGAGCUGCCUUACAAUCCAUGCAUAAACAAUUCAACCUGCUUGGCACAAGCAGAUGGAAAUCCAAUGUGCAUUUGCAAAACAGGAUUUGAGGGCACUUACUGCGAAGUUAACAGUGAUGAGUGCAUCUCCCAUCCAUGUCAGAAUGGAGGCCUCUGUGUGGAUGGGGUCAACCACUACAGGUGCUCCUGCCAACAUGGCUUUACUGGGACCCUAUGUGAAGUGGAGAUUAAUGAAUGCUUAUCAAGACCGUGCAAGAACAAUGGAACUUGCCUGGAUCUCAUAAACAGAUUCAUUUGUAACUGUGCACCUGGAUACUAUGGGUCUCUGUGUGAGAUGGAUGUAAAUGAGUGUGAAACUUUGCCUUGUUUACAUGGAGGCAGCUGCAUCAACAGGCUUGGGGGCUAUCGGUGUCUCUGUCUACCUGGAUUUACAGGUGAUAGGUGUGAAGUAAAUAUAGAUGAAUGUAUGUCUUCUCCUUGCCUCAACAAUGGAAGUUGCAUUGAUGGCAUCAGUUCCUACAAGUGUCACUGUAAGAGAGGUUUCAUCGGAACAAACUGCGAGAUAAAUGUUAAUGAAUGCUCGCCAAAUCCUUGUCUUCAUGGAAGAUGCAUAGAUCUCAUUGAUGGGUAUCAAUGCUCUUGUGAACCUGGAUGGACCAGCUCAAGAUGUGAGAUAAAUAUUAAUGAAUGUGAAUCUGCUCCCUGCAUUAACGGAGGUUCUUGUCAAGAUGCCACCAAUGCAUUUGUUUGUGUUUGCCCAAGUGGCUACACUGGCAGGUUUUGUGAAGUGGAUGUUGAUGUUUGCAGAGAGUCCACACUGAGCUCAGUUCUUUGCUACAAUGGAGGUGUAUGUGUUGAUGGACCUGGAAGAAGCUUUCAUUGCAGGUGUCUUGCUGGAUUUUCUGGACAAUUUUGUGAAAUAGAAGUUAAUGAGUGUAAUUCAUCACCUUGUCUACAUGGCUCGACCUGUGCUGAUCAUAUCAAUGGAUACACUUGUAAAUGUCAACAAGGAUGGGAAGGUCUCCAUUGUGAGUUGGAUGUUGAUGAGUGCAUAUCCAACCCCUGCAUACACGGUAUCUGUGUUCAAAAGGAGCCCAGCUUUGGUUAUUCCUGUUUUUGCAAGCCAGGAUUUGUGGGACGAAGCUGUGAGCUUAAUUACAAUGAUUGCCUUAUACAGCCCUGCUCCACUGGGUUUCUUUGUGUUGAUGGAAUAAACAAUAUCACCUGUUUACCUACUGUGCCCCAAAGCAAGAAAAUUCUCAGUGAAGUGGCUGAAGUGUUUCCUGCUGAAAUUUUAGACAAUGAUCUUCCAUCAGCACUGGCUGUGUCUACGGAACUUUGGUCUAAACAUGUCUCUCCUGAUUUACAUGCAGGAGAAGUGUCCCAAGAUUUUAGUUAUGCUCGCUACUAUGGUGAUUCUUACCUGGAAUUUCAAGGCUUACAUUUGAACAUGCAGAAUUUCAUCCACCUGGAAUUUAGGACCUAUGAUCCUCAUGGACUUCUUCUAAAUAUUGAACAGAGCCCAGAAACAAUUCAACAUUUUCUAAUUCGACUUGUCAUCAAUAAUGGUACCUUGCAGUACCAGUAUUUAUGUGAUGACGCAGCAGAAAUCAAAAACAUCACUACUACUGCUAGAGUGGACGAUGGAUACUGGUACAGUGUGCAAAUUAGGCAAGGCAUGGUACCAUGCGAAGCAGAAAUGUCAAUCCUGAAGUUAUCUUCAAAUACAAGUAUAACUAGAAAUUUCUGGUCCAGUUCUUAUUGGCUUGAAACAGGAUCCAUAUUUGUUGGUGGUUUGCCUCAUCCUUAUGCAGCAAAACAGGUUUCUGGACCUGUCUACAAUUUCACUGGCUGUAUAAAAGUCGUAGAAAUCAAUAACAUCGGACCUUUCAGCUUCUCUGGUGCUGUGGGAAGAAGUAAUGUUGACAAUUGCAGAAUCUCUGUACCCACACAUCUAUCGACAGCACUCUCUGCGGUUUCCUGUGAUGUGCCUCUCUGGCCUGACCCUGGUGUGCCCUCUCAGAUUUCCCCUGCACUGCCAUCAGUGUGCCAGGAAGGACUGUGCCACAAUGGAGGGACGUGUCACCCUCUCUCUCUGCCCACUGGGGCCACCUCAUUCUGGUGUGACUGCCCCCUGCACUUCACCGGGCGGUUCUGUGAAACAGACAUAGCACUGUUUUUUCCAUCCUUCACUGGAAAUUCUUAUUUGGAGCUACCUUCUCUGACAUCUGUAUCUGAUACCAGGACUGCAUCUGGGCAGGAAACAAGCAAUGUGACAACUCUGUACUUGACAGUGAAAACAACUGCUCUAAAUGGCACAAUUCUUUACACUGGUGAAAGAAAUUUUGGAGAACAGUUUCUUCACUUGUAUCUCGUGGAGGGAAGACCAACAGUUCGCUUAGGCUGUGGAAACUCUCAGAACAUUCUGACUGUGUCCCUGAACCAAUCUGUCAGCAAGGGUGCGCUCGUCCCUAUCACAGUGAGCUACAUGUUGCCUGUGGGCAGUCCUGAAGGUUACUGCAUGAUUGAAGUGGCUGCAGAUGGAAACCCCCCUGUACAGCACAGACUUUCCUUCUCACAUCGAGCAUCUCAGAUCAACUUUGGAUCAAUCUUCCUUGGAAAGGUUCCUGUUCGUGAGGAGGUUCAUCGAUGUGCUGGGCAGAUAUAUGGCUAUAAAGGAUGCAUUAGGGAUUUUCAAGUCAACCACAAAGAGUUGUUCAUCAUAGAUGAGGCUCUUGAAGGAAGGAAUGUUGAGAACUGCAAUGUUCCAAUAUGUGAUUAUCAUCCAUGUCACAAUGGGGGGACCUGCACUAGCGAUGAAGAAAAUUGGUAUUGUGAAUGCCCUAAACUCUACACUGGAAAACUCUGCCAGUUUGCAACUUGUGAUGAAAAUCCAUGUGGAAGUGGUGCUACAUGUUUUCCAAAGUCCAGGCGAGAUGCUGUUUGCUUGUGUCCAUAUGGAAGGUCUGGCAUCCUCUGCAGUGAUGCUAUUACUAUUACUCAACCAAGUUUCAGUGGCACAGAUGUCUUUGGAUAUACCUCAUUCCUAGCUUAUUCUACAAUCCCAAAUAUCACCUUCUACUAUGAAUUUCGCUUGAAAUUUCAGUUGGCAAACCACCACUCAGCUUUACAAGAUAACCUGAUUUUUUUCACUGGACAGAAGGGCCAAGGUCUGAAUGGAGAUGAUUUCUUGGAGUUAGGCCUCCGUAAUGGGAGAGUGGUAUAUAGCUACAACCUAGGUUCUGGCACAGCAACAAUCAUUAGCAAACCACUUGAUCUGAGACUCAAUGUUCAUGUCAUCCAUCUUGGCAGAAAUCUCCAGAAAGGCUGGCUGAAGGUGGAUGAUCAGAAGAACAAAACUGUCACUUCUCCUGGGAGGCUGGUUGGACUUAACGUCUUCAGUCAGUUUUAUUUAGGAGGCUAUCGCGAGUACACUCCAGAGCUCCUGCCAAAGGGACCCCGAUUUCAGAAUGGCUUUCAAGGGUGCAUUUUUGAUGUUCAAGUUCGGACCAGCCUUAAUAAAGGAUUUAAAUCACCAGGAACCCCAGAAGGACACCCCAAUUCUGGUCGCAGUGUUGGACAAUGUAAAGAUUCCCCAUGCAGUUUAAUAAAAUGCAGAAAUGGUGGCAAGUGCAUAGAAAGUGGCUCUACUGUUUACUGUGACUGCCUCCCUGGAUGGAAAGGUGCCUUUUGCACAGAAACUGUGUCAGUGUGUGAUCCUGAGCAUGAUCCUCCACACCUGUGCCAGCAAGGCAGUACCUGUGUGCCGCUGCCUGGUGGCUACACAUGUCACUGUCCUCUUGGGACAACUGGGACCUACUGUGAACAAGAUAUUUCCAUUAGUGAUGCAUCCUUCAGAAAUAAUGAAUCAUCAUGGAUGUCAUUUGCACCCUUUUAUAUCCGGCACAAGACCCAUAUUAAACUGCAGUUCCAGCCUCUCUCUCCAGAUGGGAUCCUGUUCUACACUGCACAGCACUUGGGUACUCAGUCAGGUGAUUUUCUAUGUAUAUCAUUAGUAAAUGGAUUUACACAGUUACGCUACAACCUUGGAGACAGAACAGUCAUCCUCCAGACCCUUCAGAAGGUCCACACAAAUGGAAACACAUGGCACUUACUUAAUGCAGGAAGAGUUGGUAAUGAAGGCUACCUGGACCUGGAUGGUAUCAACGUUACUCAAAAAGCCAGUCCUGGAAUGAAUGCUCUAGACACACACUCAGAUUUUUUUGUUGGGGGGGUAUCCUCCUUAAACCUUGUUAAUCCAAUGGCAACAGAAAAUGAGCCCACAGGUUUCACUGGUUGUAUUCGAGAAAUAAUUAUAAACAACAGGGAACUGAAUCUCACCGUGACUGACGCCAAGGGUGGGGCCAACAUUGGUGACUGUGAUGGCACAGACUGUGGUUACACUGUGUGCAAAAAUAAUGGAACAUGUCAAGUUGGAAACUCAGGCUUUUCUUGUUCUUGCCCAAAAGACUGGACAGGGACCAAGUGUGAACAAUCCAUUCACUGUUCACAAAACAUGUGUGGGUCUCAUGCACUUUGUAUUCCUCAGCCUUCUUCAUUUUCAUAUACCUGUGCAUGUGCACUAGGCUGGACAGGUAAGUACUGCGAUAACAAAAUGAAAUUUUAUAUAGCAAAGUUUGUUGGCAACUCCUACAUUAAAUACACAGAUCCUUUUUAUGGAAAAAGAGACCUCCAGUACAGCCGCCUUUCUUUAAAUUUUACUACCAAUCAAACUGAAGGCUUAAUAGCAUGGAUGGGAAAAAGUGAAGAUGAAGAUAAUGACUUCCUUGCUAUUGGUCUUGCCAAUGGAACUUUAAAAGUUGUAAUUAAUCUUGGAGAAAGAAUCUCUGUUCCUCUAAUGCACAGAAAGUAUUUCACCUGUUCUGAUGGAAAAUGGCAUUUCACUACUGUAGUUCAAAACCAAACUUGUGUUAAGGUUUAUCUUGAUGAGGAACUAAUCCUUUUUGAAGAUAUUGACCCACAAAGAAAAUACACUGCUUUAAACUACGGUGGCAUUUGUUACUUUGGUGGGUUUGAAAUGGGCAGGAAAGUCAAUAUAGUCACUACAGGGCUUUUCCAGAAGGAAUUCAUUGGUAAGAUUAAAGAUGUUGUGCUCUUCCAAGAUUCUAAAAAGAUUCAGCUAAUGAAAGCAGAAGGAUACAACAUUCAUGAUGGAAAUUCUGGAAAUUAAUUGAAAAAAACUGUCCAAGACUCUAUUAAAAAGGUAAAAUUCCUUUUCCUCCUGUUUAUUGUGUUAGCUGGCAGUGUAUGACUCAGCAACCAACAUAGGAAAGCAUUUAAAAAGUAAUAAGGGACAAAUUUAUGUGGAGUAUUAAUAACACAUACAUAUAAAAUAUGAGCAAUUUUUUUCCUCAUAGAAUUAUUUAUAUAUACCCUUUAGCAUUUACUUUAAAAUAAUGGGAAAGUCUGAAAGGUUUUUUUUCUUUAUUGUGCUGGAAAUAGUUUUGUAAAGAAAGAGGUAGGGAUUAGUUUAUAAAGCCAACCAUCAUUCAAGUGUUGUUUGUUGCUUUAUGAAAACAGAAAACUGUUACCUGUUUCUUCAACUCUUGAAUAUUAUUAAAAUGUUUAUUUUAUAAUGUUAAGAUCCAGUCUAAAAACUGAAAUUGGUGGAGGAAGAAACAGUAUGUUUGAGGCAAAAUCCACAUUUAUUGUAAUGAGAAUUUUAAAAAAUGCAACAGCUAUAAUUACUUGUUAAGUUCAAAAAGACCCUAAUUAGGUAAUAAAGUUGUUCUCACUCCCUUAUCUGUGUCCAUCUUGUAUGUACUAUAUGUAAGAGGGUAGAAUUCAAGCCUCUCUUAAGUCUGCUAAAAUAUUACUCUUAAAGAAUGAUUUUAAGAGCAAAAAACAUAGAUAAUUUUAGAGAGAGAAAACAGGCCUCCUGGUUUUCUC